AGUGUCUCCCCUGAUCCAGGCUCCGGGGUUUGUUGCAUUGUACCCAACAGCCAUUUAGCCCCACGGUGCCGUUCGUCUGUCUGUGGCUGUCUGUGCGUCUGUUAACGGGGGAUAACGUCGGUCUGGAAACUGGGAAUAUCACAUCCAGUCAUGGAAUACCCGGGAUCGGUUUUAUUGUCUUCCAGACCCGAGAACUGAGUCCAAGAUGUCGGUGUUUCCCGCUGUUUUCCAGUUUUCUCCCCGGGAUGUGACCGUGUGAUGGCUGCGGUCCAGUGAGCUGGGAGCACGUUGACUGGUCCGCCUGCUCGAUCCGCCAGUUUGGGGAGCUGGUUUUUAACUGUUUUCACUGGGAUUAUCGGAACCUAUGGAGUGUACAUGAACACUGGUCGGAUAGGGAUUUCUAACGGGUAACGUUAGUGAGGACAGCGAUGUAAAGCCAGACGUUCCCUCCUGAAUUUGGACCUGGUACCUCCAUCAGAUGUGACAGCUGUGUUGCAGACACACUGCAGGAGUUCAGGAGAAGCUCCACCGCAGCGCUCAGCCAAUUAAACCUGUCGGCUCACACGGCAUGCGGAGACGAUGUGGGGAGCAGGGAGGAGGCGCGGGGUCCAGCCCUAAGGAGGCGUCCUGCGGCUGGGAGGAGCCCUCCUGCGGCCCUCCUGCGGCCCUCCUGCGGCGCUCCGGGACGCUCCUACUAAGAUGUCCCUCAGCAGCGGCCCUGCAGGCGGGAAAGGUGUGGACUCCAACGCGGUGGACACGUACGACAGUGGUGAUGAGUGGGAUAUCGGUGUUGGCAAUCUGAUCAUUGACCUGGACGCCGACUUGGAGAAGGACAAACUAGAGAUGUCGAGCGGUAAGGAGGGAGGGGGCAUGGCGGCCCCCCCCAGCGCCGUGGCUGCUUUACCUGAUAAUAUAAAGUUUGUUAGUCCUGUAGCCGCCGCUCCGGGCAAAGAGAGCAAAUCCAAAUCCAAACGUAGUAAAAACUCUAAGGAGAGCGUGAAGGCCCCGCCCUCAGACGGAGCGAAGAAGGAGGUUCAUGGUCGGGCCCCCGGGGACCCACCGCUCCAGAACCCUAACUCUACCCCUAGUAAAGGAACUGACAAGUCUAGUAAACCCUCCCGUGCUGCCCCCGCUGUGAAAAAGGACAAGGACGGGGUGUCGGGAAAAAGUAAGAAGGAGAAAAUGGAGGUUGUAGCUACUGGAGUGGUUAACGCUGAGAAAGAGCCCGUGGCCCCCAUGCUGCCGAUAGGGGCCCCUCGCGGUGGCCCAUACGAGGGCCAACAAAACCCUGAGUUAGCUGCGGCCGAGCAGCUGGGGAAUAUGGCACUGGACUCUGCGGGGAUUGGCCAGCCUGUCGCCAUGGCAGCAGAGCAAGAGGAGGUGGACGGCGGCGAGUGCCGAAAUCUGAAGAAAGUCGUCUGUGUGAAGAUGGAGUCCCCCGUUUCCACCCCUGCUCCUCCUCCUCUCCACCUCCUCGCUCCUAUCGCCAGCAGCGACAUCUCGUCUCCCUGCGAGCAGAUCAUGGUCCGCACGCGCUCAGUAGCGGUGAACACAGCGGACGCCGCGCUGGCAACCGAGCCGGAGUGCCUGGGACCCUGUGAGCCGGGCACCAGCGUCAACCUGGAGGGCAUCGUGUGGCAGGAGACCGAGGACGGCAUGCUGGUCGUCAACGUCACCUGGAGGAACAAGACGUACGUUGGAACCCUGCUGGACUGCACAAGACACGACUGGGCCCCUCCAAGGUUCUGUGAGUCUCCCACCAGUGACGUGGAGAUGCGGAGCGGUCGGGGUCGGGGAAAGAGGAUGCGUCCCAGCAGCAACACGCCGUUGAAUGACAACAGCAACUCCUCGGACAACAAAGGCAGCGGCAGCAGCAAGACGCGUGGCGCCGCUGCAAACAGCAAAGGCCGGAGAGGCAGCCAGACGGGCGGCGGCGCAGAGGACGCCAAGGCCAGCCCGUGCUCCGCCAAGAGGAAGCCCAAACCCGCCUCAGAUAUGGAGCCCACCUCCAGCUCGGAGGACACCAAGGCUUCAAAGAGAAUGAGGACCAACUCCACGGGCGCCGCGCUCCCCCUCCCUGGAGGCAAAUCUGACCCCCUGCCCCCUCCGCUGGUGGACCGGACCUGCCCCUCCCCUGUGCUCAUCGACUGCCCUCACCCCAACUGCAACAAAAAGUACAAACACAUCAACGGGCUGAAGUACCACCAGGCUCGAGCCCAUAACGACCACGACGUCCGGUUGGACCAGGAUGGAGACAGUGAAUAUGGGGAUGACCCCGCCCUCCACCCUGACCCCGCCUCUUGCAAUGGUGCCGCCAUCUCUCCCGCCCGCUCCACGACACCCAAAGGACGGGGCUUUGACGCCCCUUCCCCCUCGCCGGGGAAGCCGACAUCAAAGGGAAAGAAGAAGGCGGCUGAGGCUGAGCCUGAGGUGACGGACGGCGGCGAGGAGGCGGCGUGUUUGACUGACGAGGCCAGCAACGACGGGAUGGACGACAGAAAGGCCAAGAAGGUGGCAGCCGGAGGCAAGCCUGAUAAACUGACCCAGAAAGGCUUGAAGCCGGCACGCCCUGUGGCCCCCGCUGCCCCCAGCGCCCCGUCACCCUACGCCCUGCAGGCGUCCUCCCCAGCUCUGGGCUCGGUGGUACAGUCCGUCCCCAAGAGCCCCCAGCUGAAGAGCAUCCAACCCAAACCGCCUCCUCUGGCUGACCCCGCAUCCAGCCCCACCCUCGCCAAGGACAAGAAGAAGAAGGACAAGAAGAAGAGGGAGGGAGGGAAGGAGGGGGACAGUCCGAAGGGUAAGGCGGGGAGGCCGGAGGAGGGGAAGAGCCCGUACUCGGAGGCGAAUGACGCUUUGCUCAACGGCUCCUCCGAAGCUCACCAGAGCCGGCUGGCCAGCAUCAAGGCGGAGGCCGACAAGGUGUACAGCUUCUCGGACAACGCGCCCAGCCCGUCCAUCGGCGUGGCCAGCAGGAUCGAGGCCGGCCUCGCGCCCCCCCAACACCCCAGCCAAAACGGAGCCGACAGUGCCUCCGUCAAAACCAGCAGCCCCGCCUACUCCGAUAUCUCUGACGCUGGGGAGGACGGCGAGGGGAGGGCGGAGGGGGUGAAGGUCAAAACUGAGCCUGACCAGGGGCCUCGUGAAGGGGCCAAGAAGGCUCUGUUCCCCCCUCAGGCUCCCAGUAAGGAAUCGCCAUACUACCCCAACUACGACUCCUACUACUCUCCCAGCUACGCCAACCCCAGCCCAGGAGCGCCGCCCGCAGCGCCGCCUCACGUGGAAGGAGCUCAGGUGAAGGUGAAGAAGGAGGAGGAGCAGCCGGAGGUGGCGGAGGAGGGCAAAGUGAAGGUGGAGCCUCCGGAGGAGAGGAAGGCGGAGCCGGGGCCCCAGCAGCCGUCGGUCAUCCAGCAGCGCUCCAACAUGUACACCCAGCCUCUGUACUACAACCAGUACUACGUCCCGCCCUACUCCUACUCACCUGACCAGGCCUACCACGCCCACCUGCUGGCCUCUAACCCCGCCUACCGCCAGCAGUACGAGGAGCGCCAGCGGCAGGUGGACAAGAAGGCUGAGGGCAAAGAGCGGGAGGCUUGUGGGAAAGAGGAGUGGAAACAGAAAGCCUCGGUGCCCCCAACCCUGUCCCGAGCCCCCAGCCUCACCGACCUGGGCGCUAAGGGGGGACAGAACCUGACCAAGCCCAAAGAGCCCCCGCCGGCUUCAGAACAAGCCAAGUCGGUCAUAAUGGCGAAGGGAGAGGACCAAAAGGCCCCCGCCUCCCAGCCUGAGGGUCUGAAAAUGAAGCUGAGUGAAGCGGGGCAUCAUGGGAAAGAGGAGGCCAAGCCAGGGGUGGAGCCUGGGAGGCCGGCAGGUGUAGAGCCUGCCAUGUGGUACAGACAGGAGCCGGACUCGCGCUUGUGGCCGUACGUCUACCCCAACAAAUACUCGGAAGCUCCUAAACCGCCGGAGGAGGACAGGUGGAAGGACGACCGGGAGAGAGAGCGUGACAGGAAAGGGAAGGAGGAGAGGCCGCGGCAGAAGGAGAGCCUCCAGAAAGAGGAGGUGAAAGAAGGGGCGGAGGGCAGGACUCAGCUGCCUCCAGAGGAGCACCGGGGGGGAGUGAAGGAGACGCGCCCCCCCCACAUGCAUUUCUCCUCCCCCCUGGCCCAGCACCAGGGCUACAUGCCCUACAUGCACGGACCUUACUACAGCCAUGGCUACGAGCCCAGCCACCCCGGCUACAGAGGCAUGCCCUCCGUCAUGUUGCAGAACUACCCUGGCUCGUACCUGCCGGCUGCGUACUCUUUCCCCUCGUACGGGGGGAAGAUGGUGUCGGGGGAGGAGGGGGAGAAGCCCUCCAGGUCCAGUCCCACGGUGAAGCCGUCCGGCGAGGCCAAAGCUCUGGACCUGCUGCAGCAGCACGCCAGUCAGUACAAGAGCAAGUCCCCGUCCGUCCAAGACAACAAGUCCCAGCACGACCGGGAGAGGGAGCGAGACCGGGAGAGAGACAGGGAGCGAGAGGGCGACCGGCCGCGGUCCUCGCCGGCCCAGCGCAUGCUGCCCUCCCAUCAUCACCUGGGAUACCCGCUACUGUCGGGACAGUACGACCUGUCCUACGCCUCAGGCCUCUCCUCCUCAGCCAUCGUCGCCAGUCAGCAAGCGUCCGCCCCGUCCAUGUACCCGCCCGCACGGAGGUGAGAACGGUACACCUGAUUGGCUGACCUCCACCCCCGCCCGGAGUCAUGUGACUGGAUCACAUGAGGGAGCAUUUUUGUUUCAACAUCAGUUCAAUGGUGUUUGUGUACGUUUUGAUUUCUCUGCCUGGACAUCCAGCCAGCUGCGCCGCCCCUCGCUGCACUGAUGAAACUUCAGGAGGAAUCGGGGGCCCCAAUUCCGCCGGUUCCAGACGGUACCGUGGUGCUCGGGCGGGCGGGUGGACAGCAGAGGCUUUGGCUCACAGACUGAGGACGGAAGGGGACCUGGCGGGUGGAGACGCGUUGAGAUGCUGCUGGUCGUUGCGGUUUUGGAGGCGGGCGGGUCGGACAGUUCUGGGUGGCGGCAGAGGGGCGUUCAGAGUCACGUCGGUGUUCUGCUGCGAUUGAGGAAGGACGGGGCAGUCACUUCCUGUCUCGCCGAGCCUUCAGUUCUGUGUCGUUUGACGGCAGUUUUUUUUUUUUUUUUUCUCCUCACGUAUUUCUGCGGCGUCCUCUGACCCCGGACUGUAUCUGCAGCGACCUCCGACCCCUCUGAGACCCGGCGACUCAGCCCGGGACUCCACCGCACAACGUCACACUUUCGCCUGGAAGUAUCUCAGCGUCACAGGACAUAAAAAAAUACUGUGGACGGAGGAGGAUGGACCAAUGAGAGGGCAGCAUUCGGACUGAUGCUGCGGCCUCAGACUCCUCCUCCUCGGUGUGUAGCUGUACUGUACUCUGUGUGUGUGCGUGCGUGUGUGUGUGCGUGUGUGUAAAUACUGUACAGAGGAAUUAUUUUAAAGAGCCUGUUGGAUGCUGUUAAAUUUCCUACUCUUCUUUUUGUCUGGUAGCCUCUGCCUCUGUUUUUCUACUGUUGUUGAUCUGAUAUUAAACCUGUAGCUGGUGGAACGGC